AUGUCUAUCAAAUGCUGGCUGAUUACCCUGGGCAUGUUAUAUCAAACCACGGACUCAAAGAAUUGUGCCGCUGCUGGUGACUUGAAAAACAUCACCUGUCAAACUGAAUUUCGAUAUUUCCUUGGGCUGGCAACGUGCAAUCGAAGAUUUGUGAAAGACUACGCGAGCAUAGCCGCACUAUGUAAAAUGGAUGCGAAUCCAAGCGCGUGCGAGAGCAUUCAACUCACCAACUUGCCAAUUUUAAAACACUCUCAAUUCGACCGCGAAUUAGUAGUUGAUGUUGACGUCAGUGGGAAGGUCGUUGGUGCAGUGUUGACUCAGGUUCACGACCGCAAUGGAAGGGCAAAUGUUGUCGUGUAUGGCAACCAAUCGCUGGCGAAGCUGGAGCUUCAGUGUGGGUCCUGCAAAAAUUUUGAUCCUACCUUUUUUCACGUC